UCAUCCCUGCCCUUCACAUCCGUCCACAUCCUACCAGGCUCGACUCCCAAGUGCAGCAUUGCAAUGGCCCUGCUUAAGUCAAACAAGGUGAUCUACUGUCUCGGGAACAUCUCCCCGUCCCUGGGAGUUUUGUCCACCCGCCACAGCUCAUGGUGGGGUGGAGUGCAGAUGGGUCCCCCCGAUCCCAUCUUGGGGGUGACCGAGGCCUUCAAGAAGGACACCAACCCCAAGAAGAUGAACCUGGGAGUGGGAGCCUACAGGGAUGACCAGGGCAAGCCCUUUGUGCUCAGCUGUGUCCGCAAGGCAGAGGCUGUGAUUGCAGCCAAACAGCUGGAUAAGGAGUACCUUCCCAUCGGUGGUCUGGGAGAGUUUACCAAGGCCUGUGCCCAGCUGGCUCUUGGUGCUGAUAGUGAGGUUUUGAAGAGUGGCAGAAACAUCACUGUCCAAACCAUCUCAGGAACUGGAUCUCUGCGUAUUGGAGCCAACUUUUUGUCUCGAUUCCACGGAGGCUCACGUGAUGUGUAUCUGCCCAAGCCGUCCUGGGGAAACCACACACCCAUCUUCAGAGACGCUGGCAUGCAGCUCAAAGCAUACCGAUACUACGACCCCUCCACCUGUGGCUUUGACUUCAAAGGAGCUCUCGAAGACAUCUCUAAAAUCCCAGAGCAGAGUGUGAUCUUGUUGCAUGCUUGUGCCCACAACCCCACCGGUGUGGACCCCAGGCCUGAGCAGUGGAAGGAGAUCGCUGACAUUGUGAAGAAAAGGAAUCUGCUCGUGUUCUUCGACAUGGCCUAUCAGGGCUUUGCCAGUGGAGACAUCGACCGUGAUGCCUGGGCUGUGCGCUACUUCAUUGAACAGGGCCACAACAUCGUCCUGUCCCAGUCCUUUGCCAAAAACAUGGGACUUUAUGGUGAGCGUGUGGGAGGCUUCACUGUGGUGUGUAAAGACACAGAUGAGGCAAAGAGAGUGGAGUCUCAGCUUAAAAUCCUCAUCAGGCCCAUUUACUCCAACCCACCAAUGAACGGUGCCAGAAUUGCAACAACCAUUCUCAACACACCUGAUCUGCGCUCGCUGUGGCUGGAGGAGGUCCACGGUAUGGCUAACCGCAUCAUUAAGAUGAGAGAACAGCUGGUGGCCGGCCUGAAAAAGGAGGGCUCCAGCCACAACUGGCAACACGUCAUCGACCAGAUCGGGAUGUUCUGCUUCACAGGCCUCAAACCCGAACAGGUUGAGCGCUUGUCAAAGGAGUUUUCCGUGUACAUGACCAAGGAUGGCAGAAUUUCCAUGGCAGGCGUGUCCUCUGGAAACGUAGGCUACCUGGCACAGGGGAUCCACACAGUUACCAAGUAGAGUGGAUCCUGCUGGGAGAGCUACAAAAUCAAAGCAGCAGUGUUAAUGAGGAGCUUUAUGUGUCACUUAUUCUCUGUCUGCUCCAUUCCACCUUUAGAAAAGAGCUCAGUGUUUAGUUAGACUUUUUCUUGAUUGGAUUUCAUCAUGACUUCAACUUUGUCCCAGUUCGGGUGGUUGCUGCUGUGCUCUUUUUUUAAAACAUUUCAUUGACCAGGCUCCCCUGCCAAAUUAUAAAAGACAUAAUUUCUCCCUCUACUGACUUAGCUGAUGUCUCAUUUUUGGUUAUUUAUUAUGUGGAAUCAACUGUUGGAUGUGCAUUAGUGUCCCCAUAAUGUGUGCUGUUUAUCUGCUAUGGGCCCACUCACUAUAAAACAUCAAGGAACUAACACAGGGGUGAUGUUAGGCUGGGCAUUAGUUUUACGUGCAAGGUGAGAUCUCUGUUGCUUUGUAGAAGUUUUUCUUAAUUUUAAAGGUUAAGUUGUAGCACUUUAUAAGCUGUAAGGCACUGUUUGUUUCAAGAUUAGGCUGGCACUGGCUGUUUUUACCAUCUGACUUCACUGUAUUAACAGGCAUUUGUCAACCAGUUAAUCAAUUCACUAUCAGCCUAAUCUGUGGUUGUUCAUCUGAACUAAUCAAUCAUCUGGUAAUUUAGUCUCCUUAUCUCUGUCUGUCACCUAUCUCCCUUGUAUUCAGUACUUUUCUGGUAGGAGUAUUUGUAAAUCUUUUUUUUUUUUUUUUUUUUUUUUCUCGUUGGUCGCAGGGCAGCAGUCUCUCAGUCAGUCCUUUUAACCCCCUUACAAAAAAGUACACAAGCCCAAAGAGCUAAACUACAAAGUACAAAGACGCAAUCAAUACAUGUUGAAUGAAUUCCACCUUUUUUUCAUAUUCCACCAUGGCCCCAAAUCCAAUGCUCCAUUUUUGAUUUUUAUCAUAAAGGCUUUGUAUUGUUUCGCUGUACAAAUGUCUCUCUUGUUAAUAAAUAGAAGAUGGGGACCUGAAUGGGGUGAACACUGGACAGUUAAUGAAAAAAAUAUGCACUUGCUACUCAUUCACUCAGACAUCAUCUUUCAGUGUGUCAAUCUGUUCAUCAUUAUAACUGUAAGGCACAGAUGGCAUCUAGGAAUGUGGGGUUUCACCCCAGUCUACUCAUACUUCUGAAACUUCUGGCACUUCGCCUCCAUUUUUUGCAUUCUGUCAAGAAAUAAUGGAUCACUGGUCAUGUACCUUAUUGAACAAAAAAUAAAUUAUUAUAGAGGAAUGAUCUACUCUAA